GUUACUGCAUCAGGUUAGAAUUACCAAUACCAUGGAAGUAGAACGACCAAGUGAAAUAAAUGCUAAUCUACUAGACGCCGAGAACCUGAACGAUUCCCUGUUUGAUGGGGAUGAAGAGAACACCGGAACGGAUCAAAUCAGGAAUGAAGUGAAUGGAAACGGUUCAGUCUCUUCAAUUAACGAGGCCAAACUUCACGCCAAAGCCAAGAGACGCCUGCGCAAAAAUUCCUCGCGGGACUCUGGGAGAGGCGACUCGGUCAGCGAUAAUGGGGAGAACGCUCGAGGGGUCCUACCCACCAGCCCAAAAGCCAAACUUAUGGACCGCAAGUCACGGACCGGCAAAGGGAGGGGGCUGCCAAAGAAAGGUGGAGCUGGUGGUAAAGGGGUAUGGGGGACACCAGGGCAAGUUUAUGAUGUAGAAGAAGUUGACAUCAAAGAUCCAAAUUAUGAUGAUCAGGACAACUGUGUUUACGAGACGACUGUGCUCCCCUUGGAUGAAAACGCAUUUGAAAAGUCUGUGACGCCAAUCGUGCAGGAGUAUUUCGAACACGGAGACACCAAUGAAGUUGCAGAGAUGUUAAGGGAUUUGAACCUCGGGGAAAUGAAGAGCGGCCUCCCAGUGCUGGCUGUGUCCCUGGCACUAGAGGGAAAAGCCAGCCACCGGGAGAUGACAUCGAAGCUGCUGCACGAUCUGUUCGGGACAGUGCUCAGUGCGCAAGACCUGGCAUCCUCAUUUGACAAACUUCUUCAAGAGCUGCCCGAACUCGCCCUGGACACACCCAGGGCACCACAGCUGGUGGGUCAGUUUAUUGCCAGAGCGGUUGGCGACGGGAUCCUGAACCGGACCUACAUGGAGAGUUAUAAAGGCAUAGUGGACUGUGAACACGCCCGAUCGGCCUUGAACCGGGCCACAAUUCUGCUGGCCAUGACUAAAGGCGGAAGAAAAAUUGACAGUGUAUGGGGGUCUGGAGGAGGACAGCAGCCUGUCAAAAAACUGGUUAAAGAGAUUGACAUGCUGCUGAAAGAAUUUGUGUUAUCCUGGGAUGUAGCUGAAGCUGAACGGUGUCUCCAGGAGCUGGAAGUUCCUCAUUUCCACCAUGAGCUUGUAUACGAAGCUGUACUAAUGGUUUUGGAAGCGAGUGGUGACACCACCUACAAGAUGAUGCUCCAGUUGUUAGAAUCCCUGUGGAAAUCAGGAGUGAUUACAUUGGAUCAGAUGAAAAGGGGAUACGAUAGAAUUUACCGUGAGAUUCCAGACAUAAAUCUGGACGCACCGCAUGCUUACUCCGUACUGGAACGCUUUGUGGAAGACUGCUUCAAAGCUGGGAUCAUAUCCAAACAGAUCAGGGAUCAGUGUCCUUCAAGGGGAAGAAAACGCUUUGUGAGCGAAGGAGACGGAGGGCGUCUGAAAUUAGAGAGCUACUAAAAGCGAAGACGAGGCAAAGACGCAUGUCCGA